AUGGACAAAGAAAAUAGAAUUAAAUUACGUGAAAAAGUGAAAAUUUUGUCUGAACAAACACCGAUUCCUAAAAAGUCUGAUUUAGUGAAACAUUUAGUUAAUCAAGGUUACUCGUCAUCAACUGUUUAUCGGACUAUUUCUCGAGUGCAAAGUGGAGGUUCAGUAAUAGAUGGACAUCGUUCUGGUAGACCAGUGAAAAUUUCCAACCUCAAAAAAUCAAAAAUUACCAAAUCCGCAACCGAUAAAAUCGGACGAAGUUGUCGGAAGUUAGCAGAAAAAUUUGGUGUUUCGAAGUCUUCGAUUUCAAAUAUUCUUUCGAAAAAUGGAAUAAAGUAUCGAAAGAGAAAGAGAUGUCCAGAUUAUUCGGAAAAACAAAUGGAGAAAAUACCUAAAUUAGCCAGGAGAUUAUAUCGUUAUCACCUUCGACCUGGAAUCAAAGUUGUGAUGGAUGAUGAAAAAUAUUUCCCUUUUUAUUGUUCCAACUCACCUGAAUUCAGUGGUUUUUAUACAGAAAAUUACAAUGAAAGUCCCGAUGAAAUCAAGUUCAAAAAGAAAGCAAAAUUCCAAAAAAAAGUUCUUGUUUGGUUAGCAAUAUCUGAAGAUGGAUUGAGUGAACCUCUCAUCAUGAAGUCAGGGAGUGUUUCAGUGAAUCAGGAUAUUUAUCUCAAAGACUGUAUCCAAACAAGACUAGUCAAAUUCAUCGAGAAAUAUCAUUCUGAUGGUGAUUAUAUCUUUUGGCCUGACCUAGCAUCGAGUCACUAUGGAAAAAGAGUCAUUUCUUGGUGCAAAGAAAAUAAUAUCAAAAUUGUUCCUAAAGAUUGUAACCCACCGAAUUGUCCACAAGCGCGUCCAAUAGAAAAUUUUUGGUCAAUUUUAUCUUCUAAGGUUUAUGCAAAUGGUUGGGAAGCUAAAUCAUAUGAGUCUCUAAUCAGAAGAAUUAAAUUUUGUCUUCGUUCAAUUGAUCAAACUAUGGUACAGCGAAUGAUGAACGGUAUCAGGUCAAAGGUUAAAGAGCUUUACACGAACGGACCUUUGUCUUCUAAAUUGAUGAAUACUUGA